GAGGGCUGAAAAGGGGGGAACGUAAAUAGUGAACAGUCCCUUCCUGUUCUCUUUCCUUCUUCCACCUAUCGUCCCUCCGUCGUCAAGCCCGGGAGCAUCUCUCUUUUGAAUUUCUCUGCUUUCUGCUCCGGAGUUAUUGUGGUGCAACCGUAAGAAAUCUCUGCUGCAGAGCUCAAGUGCAGGUCGAGGCUGCGCUGGAGGAAAGGGGGCGGCAGAUCCUGAGAGGAAAAUGGAGGAGCAGGAGUUGACAGACCCCAAGUUGGAGUCAAGAUCAGGGACAGCAGGAGAAAGCUCUUGUGUCCUUCAAGUGGGGAUCCUCAAGCAGAGUUCGAGAGAGACGGCGCCUCUACAACAUGUUAAACAGGAGCCUGAAGAGGGCCUGUCAUCCCAGCGCUGGGAAGCCCAAUGGCAAGAGUUCCUCAAAGCAGUGCAAUCCCCUUGUUCUGGAUGGGGAAACCUACCUCUUCCGACACCGACAGCAUUGGCCAACACUCCAGCUUCUCUGGUCCCCACUGCGAGUGCCGUCAGCUGGGAGGGAGAGCGCCAGAACUUCAGGCAGUUCUGCUACAAGGAAGCUGUGGGCCCACGUGAGGUGUACAGCCAACUCCGGGACCUUUGCCGCCAGUGGCUGAAGCCGGAGAGGCACACCAAGGAGCAGAUCCUGGAGCUGGUGAUCCUGGAGCAGUUCCUCUCCAUUCUGCCCCAGGAAAUCCAGAGCUGGGUGAUGGAACAAGGCCCAGAGACCUGUAUCAAGGCAGUGGCCUUGGCAGAGAGUUUCCUGCAGAGACAGCAAGAAGCAGAGAGGCCAGGAGAGCAGGGGAUGGAAAAGCUAUGCCAGGAGGUGGCUGUAAAUCUCCCAGUAGAAGAUGGUGCUGUGCUGGAAAUCACACAGAGGCAGCAGUGCAGAGAGGUCAAGCAAGAGGUCAAAGAUGAUGUCAGCUUGCUUGGAGCAAAUGAGUGGUGGGAUGAGACUGAAAAGGAGCCACGCUGCAUGUCAUUGGAAGUUGCUGAGCAUCAGACGACAGAAGAAAACGAUGGGAAUGUGGAUGGAUCAAAGUGGCAGGAGAGGAAUGAAGUGGAGGAAUGGCAGAAUAAGUCCAUUGUUUAUGAAAAUGGCCAUGUCCAUGAAAUCACAGUGCAUCAUAGAAUCCACAAUAGGAAAAGAAGGAAUAAAUGCGCUGUGUGUGGGAAAGUUUUCAGAGACGAAGCAUACCUGAAUAAGCACCAGAGAACCCACACAGGGGAGAAACCCUACGAAUGCUUGGACUGUGGAAAGAGCUUCCGUUGGAGCUCAGACCUUCAUAGGCAUCAGAGAACCCACACAGGAGAAAAACCGUAUAAAUGCUCUGAUUGUGGGAAAAGUUUUCGUCGGAGCUCAAACCUGCACCGACACCGGAGAACCCACACAGGAGAGAAAUUGUAUGAAUGUUCAGAAUGCAGGAAAAGUUUCCGUUGCAGCUCGAGCCUGAUUAGCCACAGGCGAACCCACACUGGAGAGAAACCAUACGAAUGUUCGGACUGUGGAAAGAGCUUUCGGCUGAGCUCAAACCUUAUUAGCCACAAGAGAACCCACACUGGAGAGAAGCCAUAUGAAUGCCCUGACUGUGAGAAAUGUUUCCGUCGAAGCUCGCACCUUAAUACCCACAAGAGAAUCCACACAGGACACAAACCGUAUAAGUGCUCGGAUUGUUCCAAAACCUUUUCUGAUCGAUCCAACCUUCUUAGCCACCUGAGGAUACACACAGGACAGAAACCAUAUACAUGCUCAGACUGUACCAAAACCUUUUCCAAUAAAUCCAACCUUCUUAGCCACCAGAGAAUCCACUCGGGAGAGAAACCGUAUGAAUGUUUAGACUGUGGGAAAAGCUUCAGUGUGUGCCAGUAUCUGACCAGGCACCAGAGGAGACAUACAACAGAGAAACUGUAUGAGUGCUCAGACUGUGGGAAAAAGUUCACCCAGAGCCAGUAUCUUAUUCGGCAUCAAAAACAUUCACACAGGAGAAAAAGCACAUGAGCUAUUCUCCUGGAGUUUGCACCUUAACAGCCAUAACACAGAUGUUACAAGAUGGAAACUUUGCAGAUGCUUGAAUUGUAGGAAGAGAUUAAAUCUGAACACAAACCUUAAAAGUUAUCAAAACACAGAAUUGGAACCAUAUAAAUCGGUGUAUCCAAAAACUCUUGAUACCCAGGGUACACGUUUUUCUUCUCUUUCCAUGGAACAUACUUUCCCUGCUUGGGAAUUCUCAGCUUUUAGGCUUCUCCAGACUUUUAUGUACAACUAGUUAAAGCAAAACAUAAGGUUUUACAGAAGCAGUGCAGGUUGCUGUCCUCAUGGUUCGUGUAUCACGUAGCCCAUUUGUUUCACUGGAUACUGGAAAAUCUGUCAUGGAAAGAACAUAGAGCUUAGGUUCAUCCUUUAGCAGUUGCUCUCUUAAAGCGGGGAUGAGGAACUUGCUGCAGCCCUCCAGCUGCUGCUGGACUCCAUCUCCCAUUCGGUCCAGGCAGCAUGGCUGAUGGAUCAGGGAUGAUGGGAGUUGUAGUCCAGCAACAUCAGAAGGUUCCACAGACUCCCCCAUCUCUGCCUGAAAGGACCCCAGGACUCGCACAGCAUACAUUCUAAGAUAUUUUAAGGUUCCAUUAAAGGUUUGACUGGAGAAGAAACUUGCCUGGGGUGGGAAUGCCUGUGGCCCUUGAUCUUAUUCCAUGUGGUCCACCAAGCAGAGAGAGGAAGAGUGAAAAAGCAUCACAAAUUCCUGAAGUUUUGCAAACUCUGCCCACUUUUGGCUCUGGCUUUGCACAUCAUUCUCCGCUGCCGCUGAUUGACCUUUCCCAUUGAUCAACAACCCUUCAUCAGAAAAAAGAUUCCCCAGCAACGGGCGUGUUAAAAGAAAAAUCCGAUUAAAUAAAGAAAAUCACAGAUUACAA